AUGACAACCCACCAAGAUUUCACCAAGAGACUCAACCAACAGACUCAACCAAGAGACUCAACCAAGAGACUCAACCAAGAGACUCAACCAACAGACUCAACCAACAGACUCAACCAAGAGACUCAACCAAGAGACUCAACCAAGAGACUCAACCAAGAGACUCAACCAACAGACUCAACCAAGAGACUCAACCAAGAGACUCAACCAACAGACUCAACCAACAGACUCAACCAACAGACUCAACCAAGAGACUCAACCAAGAGACUCAACCAAGAGACUCAACCAACAGACUCAACCAACAGACUCAACCAAGAGACUCAACCAAGAGACUCAACCAAGAGACUCAACCAAGGGAACUCAACCAAAUACGGUUAA